CUUAGUGAAAAUACAAUCCGUGGCUUUUUUUGAAAUGUCCUGAGGAACCCCUCAUUUCCCUGAAGUUCCAUAAUUUUGGGACACCCUGCAUAUAGCCCGCGGUGGCAAUUGGUGUCCGACAAAAAUCCCUAGAAGUGCGCACUUAGGGGAAUGGCUUGCUAGCGCCAUCGAUCCCAUAAUACAAUUGCACCUGCUGGUCAUUCUGAUUUUAAUGUUGAAUAAUUUCUUUGAUCUUCUGACGAUCGGAAAGAAGAUAAAGGUUUCAUUUGAAACUAUAUAAUAUAUGACGAUAAAACAAUUCGAUGUAUGUUACAUUGACAUUGCUACGCUACAAAUGUACACACGAACGAAUGUAUAUGUUAAUAAUCAAUUUAAAAAGUGUCGAAUUUAUUAACAAGUUAAACCUCGAUCGAACGUGAUAUUGAAACAAUUAAAUACUUCGAUUUUUCAGUAAUUCAUUUGUCAGAUAAAAUACCAACGCAUGUAUUAUCGUAACGAAUUGUAUUUUUUUCCCGAACUCCUUAAAUAGCCGCCUCUUUUAAAUGCGAUAUAUGUACAUUCCCUUUUGUGAUCGUUGUAUCGUUGCGCAUUUCGAGAUGACACUGUGGAGAAAAGUGUACUAAUCGCAAAUAAAAAAUUCAUCGGGCAUUCAUGUAGAAUGUAAACGAUCGAAUAUUCUAUUGACGAAGUACCUGUCGGCAUGCGAUCGAGAAAUAUAAUUUUAUAAUACGGACGGUUUUGUGAAAGAAACAUUCAGAAUUUGUACAGCAGCUGACACAUAUAAAGAUGGCUAAGCUUAAUACAAACAAAUAGUGACCAGCGAUCUGCUGGUCUUACAACUAGCUCUGCAUGUAAAUGACAAAUACUAAAAAGAUUUACUUAAUGGUUUCCUAAAUAUGGCUUAUGACCCACGCGAUUUAAAAUAUCCACCGGACAUUCAUAACCAUCAACACAAUCAACCUAAUAUGAAUGGAUACGCAUAUUCUGGACAUCCUUCGCAUCAUGUCCAACAAACGGAUGAGAAUAGAAACGAGAAUACUUGUGGAAAUAAAGAAGCAUGUCCACAAAUUACACGUCAGUCUUCUGGAACGCAAACCAUUCAGAAAGUAGACGCAGCUACAAUGACAGAUCCAUUACAAAUAGAUUUUAAACUUACAUCUGAGUAUUUAGCAAGGUGUUCUAAUACAUUAGGAUUACCAUAUGUAAGUAAAUAUGAAGAAAAUGGGAAUAACUCUACGCAUAAUUGUCAAGAAGUUCGGCCAAAAAUUGAAUACGAAGUUGAACCACAACAUAUAAAUGGUACAUUAGUCUAUCAUUGUCCAGAAUGUGCGUACAGGUUUGAAGAUCAAACUGCAUUGCACGAACAUCUUGAAGAACAUAGACAGCGACCUUAUAUCUGUGAUAUUUGUGGUGCAAGUUUAAAGCGUAAAGAACAUUUGGAUCGCCACAAACAAGGUCACAAUAAAGACAGGCCUUAUCAAUGUAAUAUGUGUUGUAAAGCAUUUAAACGUAACGAGCACCUUGCUCGUCACAUGAUUAUACACUCGGGUAGCAAAAAUCAAGUAUGUACAGAAUGUGGCAAAGCUUUUUAUAGGAAGGAUCAUUUGAAGAAACAUUUACAAAGUCAUAAUAGUAGUAAAAGCAAAAAUCCAAAUAGUUCACAAAAUAAUCCGAAUAGUCAAAAUAACGGUGAAGAGGGAUUAAGCAGUUUUGCAAUGAUGAUGAGGCAGGCUGGGCCACCUCCAUUUUCUAUUUUGCGAACUUAAUACAUUUUUACCUUGAUCUUACGCCAAGAUCAUUUUAGAAUUUAGGCAAUUUAAAUGUAAGAGAUCAAUACAAUGAGCUUUGUUGAAGACACUUUCAGGAAAUAUGAAAUAAUUGUUGAUAGUUUUGAAUUUUUGCAGUUGAUUAGUCAUCAAAUAUUACCUGCAAAUAGUGUACGAUAUGAAACAGGCUCUAGGACAUCCACGCAAAUUUUAUAUUUCUCUUUUGAAUAUGCUUCUGACAUGCACAAUGUUGUUGAAAUACCUGUUGAGAACAUUCUUUAGAUCUAGAUUUAUUAAAUUAUUUUUCCCAGUUUUUGUAUUUUCGAUAAUAUUUGUCAAGAAUUAAGGCAAUAAGGAAUACAAAAAAUUAAUAUAAAUUGAUCGAAUUUUAACUCUUCUUUUUUUUUUUUUAUUUUUAAAGAAAAAGAGGGAAUGACGCAGAUAUUUUAUGACGAAGUGCACAUAUGAUUCUUGUUGUACCCAUGAUGUACGAAAGGAAUAUAUAUUUAUUAUUACACCUGUAAAGGAAAGAGGAAUUAUAUGAGUUUCUCUUUCCCGUUACAGCAACGGCUACUGGGAAAUAAUUGGAUGAUGUGCCUAACGAAAACAACAUAUUUGCACAAAAUAAGGAGAGAAUGAUUAAAAUAACUGAGUCUCGUAUAAAGAGACGUAUUUUUUUUUAAUUUGAGAAAGAAAGAGGAACCAUUGCAUAGUUCUCCUAAUAAAAUAUCUUUUUUCCGAAAGAUUAAUAUGAUUUAUUUAAUUUCGACGGCUUUGAUAGCUAAAAUAGUUUAAAAAAAAAAAGACUAGAAAUCUUGUUACGGGAUUUGCGAUGUUCCUUUGAAUUUGAAAUCGAAAUGAGGAAUAAUUUUGGAAUUUGAAACUGAGAUAGUCAUUAUUUCCGUAGCAGAUUAUCAUCAAGUGAUGAAUACUAAGACUAAACAUACGUUAAGCAUUUAUUUAAUAUUUAUAGUUUAUAUGAUGCGUAUGGUUGCGUAUGUUAUUAUUGUAUGUGCGUAUAUGUACACUCACAAAGAAUGCUUUGAUCCCAUUGGUAUGCUUUGUUAAGAAUCAUUUUGAUUCUCUAACUUUUAUUUCUUUGGUCUCACCUCUCUGGUUAGACUGUUUGGCCAGGUGGGGUCACGUACACUUACUCCGGCAACCUGCGCUAUAUGUUUAUUGACAAAUGCUGAAACUACUGCCAACUUUUUGCCAAUGAGAUGGGGUCCAAUCAUCUGAACUCCUGAGUAUUGCGAACAUAAAGAGAUGUAAACUCAGCACAUUUUCUUCUGUUUGUUUAGUUGAAUCCGUUUAUCUGGACGCGAACCUACCUGGUUAUACGAACUAGUUGUCUUCCGCCGAGUUCAUCAUGGUUUACUUAAUCGGCAUGAUGUCCUUGUGCAUUCGCACGGACACUUCCAGGAGUAUUGUAUCUUCCUCAGAUAUCCGAAUGCUGCAUGGGAACUGUAUCUUUCUCUUAUAUUGAAGAGGAGAUGCACAUCUUCCACCCCUUUCAACGUAUCAUUCAAUUUUACUGCCUCUUUCUCCUUCAUCGGAGCCCUAAAGUUAGUAUCAAAGUGGCUAGAGAUCUCCGCAAUAGAUGAGAUCAGCUUUUCGGCUGACUCCACCUGGCUAGUUUUCUGUUCCAAUCUGAAUCUCCCUAUCGGGGCUUCAAGAUAUGCGAUUCCUUUAGGAGCAAGUUUCCGGAGGAACUCUGGGAUCACUUUGCGUUUGCCUUGUGAGGCCUAUCCCUGUCAUCGGAGGCAUUUGCAACAUCCUGUUUAGUUUAGGAUGUUCAUCCUGAUCGGUUUAGGAAUAGGAUUCUGAUUCAUGCGAUGAAGGUUCCGGUGUCGAAAACAGUAAGCCUGCGUCGCUUAGAAACCCCAGUUUUGGAACAGGAGGCAGCUGACUUUGAUUUUCCCUUACUAUUAGUAAUUCACUAGGAGCCUGCCUUCUGAUAUCGAUGUCCAAGAGUAGUGACAAUCUUUUGUUGCCGGUGCUCAUUUUGAAAUUGUAGAUUUCUGAGAUGGAAAUAUAUUUUUCCUUCCUGUGUGUAUAUAUGUACGAACGCGCGCGUAUAAUAUAUACUACAUGUUAUUAUGUUAUAUAUUAUAUAUUAUGCGCACAUUUACGUAUGAUAUUGUUACUUCAAUUUUUUUCCUUGUACAUUAUUUAUAUUUAUUAAGAAAACUGACCAUAUAUCGGCUUCAUUAUGUAAUGCUUCCAGAAUGUACAUAAUUGUACACAGAAACACACAGGCAUAUAAAAUAUGGUAAAAAAAACCGUUUUGUUAUUGAUUGUAGUAAUCACGAUUAAAAUAAUAAAUGAUUAUUACAUGAAACAAUAAAUUUUUUAAACAUAGAUCUACACAAUUAUUAUUUGAAGAAUGCUCGCGAGAGGGCGUAGAAAUCUUUUUAAGUGUUCUAUUUUUAAGAUUGUAAAAAUUCUUGUUCCUUGAUUAUGCAUUUUCUCUUUCUACUGGAAUUCUAUGUAGCAACGAAGUAAAGUACAGCAUGCUUUUG